AUGAAAGUUGCUAUUGCAGAGGUUCUUCUUAGUACGAGACACAGGUGGUGCAUGUGGCAUAUAAUGAAUAAAGUUGCUGACAAAUUGCCAAAGAACAUGCUUGGUAGUGAAGAACUAAAGAAGGAAUUGAAUGCAUGUGUUUGGUCGGAGUUGAUAGAGCCUGAUGCAUUUGAAGAAUCUUGGCAUGCUAUAAUGGAAAGAUAUGGGCUGGCCAAUAAUGACUGGUUUUCAUCAAUGUUUGCAUCUAGAAAGUUUUGGGUUCCAGCCUUUUUCCGUGAUUUUCCGAUGAGCUCGUUGAUAAAGACAACAUCUUUGUCUGAAUCACAGAAUAGCUUCUUUAAAAGGUACUCAAAGUGUCGGGCUAACCUUAUGCUAUUUUAUAUGAACUAUAACCAUGCUUUGGAGGCUCAGAGAAGUAAUAGCGCAAAGCUUGAAUACUAUGAUUCAACAAAAGUGCCUAUAUUGCGAACAGAAUUGGAAAUUGAGAAACAUGCGUCAACAAUAUAUAGUGGUAGUGCUUUUAAUGCAAUUCAAGAGGAGAUAGUUUAUGCAUGUUUCUCUUUGUCUUGUUCAACUCUAGGAAUGUCUACCAAUAGAGAGAAUGAAGUAUAUAACAUAAAUGACAAGGAUUCAAACUCAUGGACAGUGACUUACUCCAUUGGCGAUGACACCUAUUUGUGUGGAUGUAAAAAGUUUGAGAGACUUGGUCUAUUGUGCAGCCAUAUACUUUGUGUGUUGAAAUAUAAGUUUGUUAAGUUGAUACCCGAGAAUUUGCGUGGAUGGAGAUGGUUGAAGUCACAGUUUGUGAAGCCAAUACAUGGAGGCUUUUGUGAUGAUGAAGAAAUACUCUCUGUUGUGGACGAGAAGAAGAUUGCAUUUAAAAACUUGUAUGCAUUAUUCUUUGAAAUAGCACAAAGUAUUGAAGGGAACAUUGACCAAAUCAAUGCAUUUACUGCAAUUAUUGAAGAAGGUAAGAAGCAGCUUCUCGGAAGUGUUGUUCUGUCUUCGACAGAGAAGAGAGCAUUGAUUGAGAAUUUCUAUGGCUCACAAGUUCCAAACAUUAUUGAAGUUCAUCCUCCUAAUGUUGUCAGUACAAAGGGAAGUGGUAGUAGGAGAAAAUCCAAGAAGGAGUCGGCAAUGAAGUUAGCAAUGAAACCAGGCCGAAAGUGUGGAAAUUGUCAUGUGAUUGGACACCAUGAUUCCAGGAACUGCAAAAAGGUGAAUGAGAAGGCAAAACAGAGGCAGUGA